AUGUCGGUAAGUGUGGCCCUUUUGUACAAAGCCAGCUCAACUGAACUGGAUAAAUUUCUCUCGGUUCUACUCCCGCGUGCCUCAUUGGUUUUCUUCAAUUCUGCCGUCCUCGUACCGGUUCUCAUUGGCUUAUAUACACGCUGCUUUGCCAUCCUAAUGGGUGCUGUGAUGUGGAUAGGGUUUUAUGUCAAUCAUUUCAGUCUGCUGAAAUUGGACCAUUUUCUCGACAAGGACUACGUGUGGUUCAAAUUCGCUCAGACAACCAGUAUCACUGGUGGCCUUCUGAUGCUGGCUCUGCAAGGUCCAGGCUCCUACAGUGUGGAUGCAGCCCGCAAAAAGGAGAACUAA